AUGGGAAUUAUACCUAGUGCUUUUGACUGCUACCAAGUGAACAGGGGACUCAAAACACUAGAUUUAAGAAUGCGACAGCACAGUAUAAACGGUCUGACCAUAGCAAAGUACUUGCAAAAGCAGCCGAAAGUCGAGAAAGUACUCCAUCCAGGCCUAAAAUCACAUCCACAGCACGAACUGUUCCAGAAACAGGCUUCGGGGCAUAGUGGUACCUUUUCCUUCUACAUAAAAGGUGGUUCCGAAGAGACCAAAACCUUUCUGAAUAAUCUAAAAAUAUUUACCACUGCCGAAAGUUUAGGAGGAUAUGAAAGCUUGAUAGAAAUUCCUUCUAUAAUGACGCACGCGUCUGUUCCACCGGAACACAGGGUGGUUCUGGGAAUCACAGACAACUUGAUUAGGGUGUCUGUUGGUAUUGAAGAUGUCGAAGAUCUGGUUGCGGAUUUGGAGUUUGGUUUCCAGAAAAUAUAAAACGAUUUUUUCUCGAAUAUUUUUUUAAAAAAAUCCUACGCUACGCGGAACCUGAGGAGUCAAAUUUAGUCUUAUCAAAUUAAUUAGUAUAUUUUGGGAAAUGGCUGACAUUACAUUUCUUAAAAUGUAUUACAAUAGUCACAUGAAUAAUUUGAAGAUUGAAUAAUUUUUAUUUAAGGAUCUAAAUAUGGACUAUAUUAUAAUUAUAGUAAUACUAUAAUGUCCUUAUGUAUUUAUUACAUCUCCUUUUAAUAAAUAUGUAAGUAUAUUAUUUUCUAUUUAUAUUUUUGUACUUGCAAGAUUUGAGACUGAUGUUAGUUUAAAUUUUUUGUGUAUUUUGUGAUUUUGCUGGAGCUACUUAAUCAAAAUCUGUUAUAUAUACGUUUUGUUUAUGUACGAUUGAUUAAUCGCUAUAUAUAAUCUAACAGAUUUAUAAUAUAAUCCGAUUUAAGAUAUCCA